AUGGCUGAAAGUUCAGAGAAGGACCUCAUGACCACCAUGACUAGGAGAGUGGCCUCCAUCGCUAACCAUCUCAGACCUGUCCAUUCACCUCCCGACUGCAUCUCAAUUUCUCUAUCCAAUGCUUCCAUGAACGACAGCUACCACCGGACUCACGGCGAAGUCUCCACCCACCAAGUUGUUUGGGAAAAUGUUCGUGACGAUUCCGGCGAGGCCUUCACCGACAUAGUCUACGAGAAGGCCGUCGGCGAAGCCAUAGCAAAGAUUACGAUUAAUAGGCCGGAGAGAAGAAAUGCGUUCCGGCCUCAGACAGUUAAGGAGCUCAUUCGCGCGUUUAACGAUGCCAGGGACGAUGGUUCCAUAGGCGUCAUCAUUCUUACUGGGAAGGGAACCAAGGCAUUCUGUAGUGGGGGUGAUCAGGCUUUGAGAGGCAAAGAUGGUUAUGCUGAUUAUGAAGAUUUUGGUCGUCUUAAUGUUCUAGAUUUGCAGGUCCAGAUUCGUCGUCUUCCGAAACCAGUAAUAGCCAUGGUGGCUGGUUAUGCUGUUGGGGGAGGGCAUAUAUUGCACAUGGUCUGUGAUCUUACCAUUGCAGCAGACAAUGCUAUUUUUGGCCAAACUGGUCCUAAGGUUGGAAGCUUUGACGCUGGUUAUGGGAGUUCCAUCAUGUCCCGUUUGGUUGGGCCUAAAAAAGCACGGGAAAUGUGGUUUCUGACAAGGUUUUACACAGCUGCUGAAGCUGAGAAAAUGGGACUUGUUAACACUGUUGUACCGCUAGAGAGUUUAGAGCAAGAAACGGUUAAAUGGUGUAGAGAAAUCCUAAGAAACAGCCCGACUGCAAUUCGAGUGCUGAAAUCAGCUCUUAAUGCAGUUGACGAUGGUCAUGCUGGACUGCAGCAACUUGCUGGAGAUGCCACGCUCUUAUUCUAUGGCACUGAGGAAGGUAAUGAGGGGAAGACAGCAUAUAUGCAACGUAGACGUCCAGAUUUCUCAAAGUUUCCCAGGAGACCUUAA